AUGGCUGACUUUUAUUUCCGUCCUACAGCGCUCGUGUCCGGCGAGAAGACGAACUUCCAGUACAUCUUGCGUCUGCUCAACACCAAUGUUGACGGCAAGCAGAAGAUCAUGUACGCCCUGACUCAGGUCAAGGGUGUCGGUCGCCGUUACUCCAACUUGGUCUGCAAGAAGGCCGAUGUUGACCUUAACAAGCGUGCCGGUGAGCUCACCACCGAAGAGCUCGAGCGUGUCGUCACCAUCCUCCAGAACCCCACGCAGUACAAGAUCCCCACCUGGUUCCUCAACAGACAGCGCGACAUCACCGACGGCAAGGACUCCCAGGUUCUGUCCAACGGUCUGGACAGCAAGCUCCGUGAGGACUUGGAGCGCCUGAAGAAGAUCCGCUCCCACCGUGGUCUCCGUCACUACUGGGGUCUCCGUGUGCGCGGUCAGCACACCAAGACCACCGGCCGUCGCGGACGCACCGUCGGUGUCAGCAAGAAGAAGGGCUAA